CAUGUCACCGUGACGAUGGUUUUAAGGAUAAGCACAUCUCCAAGUGACCCCAAAGUUUUGAAUGGUAGCGUCGACCACAGUGACGAAAUAAAGAAAUCAAGUAGUACACAGCCAAGCCAACCAACAAAACCCCCGGGCACAUCAGUGAGGUCGACGGCAACAGAGGCGGCAGCAGGCAGGAGCAGCUCGGAGCGUCGCAAGGAGAAGUCCCGCGACGCCGCUCGCUGUCGCCGCAGUAAAGAAACGGAGGUUUUCUACGAGCUGGCUCGCCAGCUCCCUCUGCCGCACAGCGUCAGCGCUCACCUGGACAAAGCGUCCAUCACGAGGCUCGCCAUCAGCUUCCUGCGCACGCGCCGACUCUUUGCCAGCGGCUGCAACGGCGGCGAUGACGAGCACAUGAGCAGCUUGUACCUGAAGUCUCUGGAGGGCUUCAUCACCGUGGUAACGUCGGACGGCGACAUGAUCUUCCUGUCCGAGAACAUCAACAAGUUCAUGGGUCUCACGCAGGUGGAGCUGACCGGCCAAAGCAUCUUCGACUUUACGCACCCGUGUGACCACGACGAGAUCAGAGAGAACCUCAGCCUGAAGACAGCCAGCGGCGGCUUUGGAAAGAAGAGCAAAGAGCAGGGCACCGAGCGGGAUUUCUUCAUGCGGAUGAAAUGCACGGUGACCAACAGGGGGCGCACCGUCAAUCUCAAGUCGGCCAGCUGGAAGGUGCUGCACUGCACGGGCCAGCUGAAGAUGUACACGAGCUCCCCGCAGCGUCCGGCGUGCGGCUUGAAGGAGCCGGCGCUCACCUGCACCGUCCUGAUGUGCCGGCCCGUCCCGCACCCGGCCAACAUCGAGGCUCCGCUGGACAGCAGAACCUUCCUGAGCCGACACAGCAUGGACAUGAAGUUCACCUACUGCGACGACAGGGUGACGGAGUUGAUGGGCUACACACCUGACGAUCUGCUGGGCCGCUCGGUCUAUGACUUUUAUCACGCUCUGGACUCGGACAGCGUCACCAAGAGCCACCAAAACCUGUGCAGCAAAGGCCAAGCGGUGAGCGGUCAGUACCGCAUGCUGGCAAAGAGCGGCGGCUUCGUGUGGGUGGAGACGCAAGGCACCGUCAUCUACAACAGCCGAAACUCGCAGCCGCAGUGCAUCGUCUGCAUCAACUACGUGCUCGGUGACAUCGAAGAGAAGAGCACCAUCUUCUCCCUGGAGCAGACCGAGUCGCUUUUCAAGCCCCGACUGGCCGGCGGCGGGCUCUUCACCGGGGAGAACGGCGGCGAGCCGCUCUUCACCAAACUCAAAGAGGAACCCGAAGACCUCGCACAGUUGGCGCCCACGCCCGGGGACACCAUCAUCAGCCUGGAUUUCGGCCAUCCUCACUUCGAGGAGCCGGCGGCGUACCCCCAGCGCCCCGCAGCCUCCGUGCCCGUGCCGGGCACUCCGGCCUGGGCCUGCGAGACCCUCAAGAGCGCCCCGCUUCCGCCGGCCAGCUUCGCGGCUAACGCGGCCGCCACGUACACGGCCCACCAGAAGCCGUCGCCCUGCAGCGCCACCCCGACUCUGAGCAGCUGCUCCACGCCCAGCAGCCCCGGUGACUACUUCAGCACUACCGAUGGAGACCUGAAGGUGGAGCUAACGGAGAGGCUCUUUGCUCUGGACACAGAGGAUGGCAGUCCCGCUAACACUGAGAGGGACUUGAGCGACUUUGACCUGGAGACGUUGGCUCCUUACAUCCCCAUGGACGGGGAGGACUUCCAGCUCCAUCCCAUCAUCUCCGACGCCGCCGAGCCCCUGGAUGUGGGCUCCCUGGGGGGCGGCGGUGCCGCUAGCGGCGGUCUUCUUCCCUCCCAGCAGCAGAGUUUCAGCAACAUCGCCAGCCUCUUCCAGCCCCUCUCCUCGCCCCCCCGUCAGCAAAGACGCUACCGUCCGCACCCCGCCGCGUCCUGGGCUCCGGGCGAAGAGCGAGCCCCGGGUCAGGGGGCUCUGGACCCGAGGGCGAGGGCCUACGUGAUGGGGCAAGUGCGGAACCCGCCCUACCGAGCCCCCGCCAGCACCCCUCUGUCUUCAAUGGGGGGCAUUCAGAACCUGCAGUGGCCCCCGGACCCACUGUUGACUUGCAACAAGGCCUACCCCGUGGACGCCAUGGCAACCGAGCGACGGCCACCUUUCCAGCAGAACGUGCUGCACGUCACGCACCAAGAAAGGCGCAUGGAGGAUUUUGUCCACUACUACAGCGACAUGAAUGCGGCCAGCAACAUCAAGCGCUCCUUCAUUCAGAUGAUGGGUGAAGGUAAGAUCUCAGGAAGCAGCUGGAAGAAGAUGAGGGGCGACGUGGACCCCGGAGCGGGAUCGUUGCCUGAACCCGCGCCGGGCAGGAUGAUGCCGGGCAACCCAACUGCGUGUUUCAACACUCUGCAGCAACACAGGAAGUCCGGAUAUCCAGGAAAUAUGACAGGUCUGACCAGUCGCCUGCUGGGCCCGUCAUUGGAGCGCACCUUCCUGCCCGAGUUGACCCGCUACGACUGCGAAGUCAACGUGCCGCUGCAGGGCAACCUGCACCUCCUCCAAGGCUGCGACCUGCUCACAGCCUUGGACCAGGCCACCUAGAAGAAGCCCCUCCGACCCCAACGGCAACCGAACGCGACCCGGCCUCUGUGUGGACCGGAGGCCUGGCGAGAGCUUCGAUGCUAAGCUAACUCAUAAUCACAUCCUGCCUUAUUUAGUUCUCGGGGUGUCACGUCGUUAUAGCGGGACUCGCGCACAAAAACCCGCCUUCGCCCAUUCCGUCGUUCCCGAACUAUAAAUCUCGCCGUGGCCACACUAGCUGUGUGGCUAAUGCUAAUGCUAGCCACAGAAUUCAAACCUUUCCUCACAAUUUUUGCACCAUUUUGAACGCAAACUUGAGCCAAAAUGUAAUGGAAAAAAACACUGAGACAAGGCCAACUCGGGAAAAUAUUUGCAGCUUGGGUAUAUUGCAGAUACCUCGGGUCGAACAUUUCCAACGUGAAUAAAUAAUAAAUACAUUGUAUAAAUGGGUACAAAUGACCCGUUUUCUGGGUCUCAGGAACCACAUUUGGACCAUUUUCAACGCAAAUUGUGCCAAAAUGUCAACAGAAAGAAGAAGAAACGCUUUAUUACAAUUUUGCAUCCCAAAGAGAGCCUUUUUUUUUGGGGGGGUUGGUUUUUUUUUGUCGUGCCUGACAAAAAUGAGCGUAUGAUGUCCUUAAAGUCCAAAAUUUGUAGGUCAAAACGUCUUUGAAAGAAGCAUUUGUAGUUCCCUUAUGAUGUCACUCGCGCUCGUUAAAGAAGAGCGACUCUGUUAAAACUGCUGUAAAACAAAUUUCAAACAAACUUUUAUACAUAUAUAUAUAUAUAUAUAUAUAUAUAUAUAUAUCGCGCUAUUAUCCGAUCCGACACGCUAAUUCAAAAGAGCGUCAUGCAAUACACGUACGCGAACCUUGAUGUGCUACACUCGUAUUAUUCUACUUUGUCGGAUGUUAUGUUAUAGCGUGAGCGCAGGGUGUUUUUGUUUCCUUACCUUUUUUUUGUUGUUUUGCAAUUGUCACUUGUCACAAGGCUAAAGCUGAGCUAGCUGGGAGGAUUGCAGCCACAUUGAAAUGAAAAACAAAACCAAAAACCAAAAAACGGAUCAAUUACGUCGUACAAUUGCGUGUAAGGGAAUAUGUAAUCGUUAAGAAGAAAACGUAAUUGUAUAAUUAUGACGUUACUGUUUUUCGUGAACAUGUAUGACUGAAAGAACACGUUUAGAUGUUUACCUAAUUUAAUCUUUAAAGAAAUGUAUAAAAUUAGGACUGCCUUCUUCUAAUAUUUUGGCUUUCUUUGUAAAAUGAGUGCUGUAUUCUCUGAAUGUUACAAAUGUAUUUGUUUUUUUUAAUUGGCACUUUAUUCCCAUAGUUCAAUGAUUGUCAUAUUAAUGUCUUUAUGCUUUUAAGAUGAUCUCUUUAUUCUUGUAAAAUUGCGACUUCUUCCACAUACACAUCAAACUUUAUUUUCUCAUUAUGACGAAUUUAUUGUAAACUGAUCACUCGUACACUUACUGUACGCUUGUUGCACUAAAUUAUAACUUUAGUUUUGGACAAUUCUCAUAAGAUUCCAACAUAAUAAUUUUUCAAUUAGGACUAUUCUUGUAAAAUUAUAACUGUAUUAACUUUGAAACAAAACAGAAUUUACAUUAUUAUAUGAAUAUAUUUUGACCUCGUUCUUGUGUUUGAUCUCGUAAAAUUACGAAUUUAUUUUUGUAAAAUUGCGACUAUUCCCUGAAACCUUUUUUGCACCUUUUUUUUCCCUUGUAAAAUGAUUCUAUCCAAUUUUUGGUCAUAAAAUGACAGCUUUAUCAGAGUAAUGUUUUAUUUUUGUAAAAUCAACUUUAUUGUUGAAAAGGAACCACUUUAUUCUCAUGAAAUCCUACUGUAAUUUGUCAUAAAAUGACAACAUUAAUAAUACAUAUUCUCGCAAGGUUACAACUUUAUUUUCUUGUAAAUGACUUUAUUCUUCAAUUUUUCCCUCAUUAACGUCUGACUGCAUUAUAUUAUUUUGGCUUUGUCAUAAAAUGACCACUUUAUUCUCGCACAAGCCCAAUUGUGAUGAAAUGAUGAUUACUUGCUGAAAACAAUGAAGUUGAUCAGUUUGAACGUGCCAUAUCUCGUCUUUGUGGUGCAUGGAAUGAAAUAUAGCUCGAACAGGAUUUGCGGAUCAUUGGAUUCUGUUGAUUUUUCUUACGUCCCAACUUGAUAGGAAUCGGGGUUGUAAUAUUAUCAAGCUUUGAAAAUGACGACUUUAUUCUCGUACAAUUCUUCGAUAAUUUGUCAUAAAAUGACUACUUGACUUUAUUCUUGUCAAAUUCCCUUGAACAACUUUAUGUUCCUGUGGAUUGGAAUUUGAUCCUUGUAAAAUUCCACUACUUUCUUUAUCAUUAAUAUUUUCACUUGAAGUCAAUACUCAAAAGUCACCAAAUUCUUCUAGCGGUAAUAAUAUGACUCGGAUUUGACGCAAUGAUGGCCAUUUUUCGAGUACUUCUUGACUUAAUCUCUUAAUUGUGUGGUUCUGAUCUCUUGAAUGGAUGCGUCCUUGUAUAUAGUUGUUGUUGUUGUAUUUGGACUGUCGCCCUCAUAAUUCAUUAUUUGUAUUUUUAUUUUUUUUCAAUGUGGCCCUAAUCCUCCUCGGUUACAAUUGUGCGGGGUCGGGCCGGGGGUCAUUGAGUGGAAUUUGCGCCCACCGUGGCAAUUUUGGAGGGAUUUUUGGAUCCGACCGAUGCCAGCGGACAAAGAGGUCGUUCGGUGUUCCUCUGCUCUUUUUGCGCUUAACGUGGACCCCCGACCAUCCCCAACAUGCCUUUCUCGCAUUUGUAUUUAUGCCCAAUCUAUUUAUGUAGCUAGCAGCAGAAGCCUUAUUUGACUCUCUUUUUUUUUUUCCCCGCUCCUUCGAUGUCAAAGCCUUUGGCCAAAUGAUGUCACGAAUAUCCCCAAUGUCGUCUUUUUCGCCUCUUGGCAUGUUCCCGUAUAUUUUCUCUUGUUUGUUGAAAUGCGGAGGUAGUUGUUGUGGCGCGGUGACCGCUUUUCACCCGUAGAGCUUUGCACACGUGCACGUGGCGCAUUCCGAAUGUAGUCGGUGGACUCGUAGCGUCGAGGUGUCCUGGUACGUGGUCCGUCACCUUCUUUGUUUCUGUUCCCUCGUCUUGGCCGGCCAGUACUUCUUCUUAAUGUUUCCUUCUUUCUCUUUGUGCUUGAAGAACGUUUAAGUCAAAAAAGGAUGCAAAGUUCUUUGUCACGUUCCAGACAUGUAGCAUUUUUUUGAUAUUGUAAAGGAGGUCCGGCAGCCAUACGGCGGCGGUGUCCUGUCGUUCUCAUGUAGUUUGUAUGUGCCAUCGAGUUCACGCGCACGUCUGCAUCUAACCGACACGCUGCAUUGAUAUUAAUAUUUCUAUUGGUAUUUCUAAUUGUAUUUGUAUCGAUAGUUGAUAUACAAGUGCUCUUCAAUUACAGAACAUGCUGAUAUUUUCUGGAAGCUUCGGUUGGUUCCCCCCCCCCCCCCCCCCCCCCCCAAAUGUGGCCCAGUCCCGUCAAGCCCUCCCUUCAAGUGCAAACUCGGGGAACCCAUUCUCACCCCCGUAGAGCCCACAUAGUCCUAUAAUUCCUAAUCCCUACUAGAAUCUGAAUAGGCCCACCAAAAGCCUAUCGAAACUCGCUUGAACCCACAGGAUCCCAGUGAGUCACUACUAAAAUCUUAAUAAGUGCCCACUCUGGCCCACAUAGUCUAGACCUCUCUCGAACCCACUUUGACUCGACUAGAACCCUUGUAGCCCCCCCUUCAUGAACCACAGUAAUCCCCCUCUACAACCACCAGAGUGCCAGAAGACCCACGUUAACCCAACCCAGAACACCCGAGGUCCCUGUUCCAACCCAUUCCGACUCCUACUAGAGCCCACGACGUCCCCCGCUCGAUCCCUUGUAGUCUCCAUUUGAACCUAUGCUUGACUCCACGAGAACCCACAGGGUCCCAUUCUCGAACCCACUCUAACCCCAGUACAAAGUAUACAAUCUGCGAGAACCGACGUCAUCUAGAAAGACCCACUUCGACCCCAUGCAGAACCCGUGUAGCCCCCACUAGAACCCCCUGGUGACUUGGCUCAGACCUUUUUGUCUUUUAAGGUUCUUCAGCCAAUCAAAGGCCUGAACGGGUCUGUUUGUCCACGACGCUGCUUGUGAGUUUUUAGUAAAAAUCGAUCGUAUUGAAGACGAAGCGCUCAAAGGGUCCUUUGAAAAUUGGGAUUUGUCAACAAUAUAGCUGUUGAUGUAGAGAUUUGUCAUCGCGCUAGUUAGCAUUAGCCGAACUGUGUAAACGUACGUGGGAAGAGUUGGUGAACGGACGUGGCGGUAAGUGGGACUCGUCGUCGUGGGAACGUUAGCCGCAGUCCCGCCGGCCGCUUUGAAAAGUUUCCGAACGUCCUCAAAAUGGACGUUUGUGAAGCUAAUGCUAGUGGAAGUGUGGCUAACGUUGUAACCGAUGGCCUUUGUCUCGAGUUUGACACCAGAAGGCUCGUCACCAGCGUUAGUGCUUAACACUGCCGUGCUCCUUGAAGGGACCACAGUGGACCCUCCGAUCGCCCGUUCCCAAGCGCAACCUUCCGGAAUGAUCGAGACGAUAUCAGCAUGUUGUGUCAUUUGUGUCGAAAAACAGGGUUUUAGUUUUUUUCACUCUGGGAUCCACGUUGAACUUCUUGUAUUGUUGAGUUCACUGAGCCCGUUCUGCUUUUGUAUAUGCUACAAACCCUUACGAUAUAUACAUUACGCAGUUCAUAUACUGUAUUAUUACCAUUGUUAUGAUGGGGAAUUUAACCCGCUCAAAAGUUUGUCUUUUCUGCACUGAUAUCUUGUUAUUAAAACAUAUUAUUGAUCUUAA